AUGCUUGGAGUUUUUGGUGAUUGGGAUGAAUCUUAUCAAGCAUUGCCGAAGUGGAUGAACAUCCUUCAGCUAACUAAUCCUGGAACAAAGAUUGUUUGGAAGACAACACCUUUAGGAGAGAUUUCUGGGAACGUGCAGUUUAUGCGUGUUUUUUGGGCAUUUGGGGCAAGUGUUGAAGGGUUCAAGCAUUGCAAACCAAUUAUACAAACUGAUGGUACAUUCCUAUAUGGAAAAUACAUGGGGAAGCUUUUAAUUGCUACUUCAAUUGAUGAAAAUGGUCAUGUAUUCCCCCUUGCGUUGGCAAUUGUUAAGGAAGAAUCACAGGAUAGUUGGUCUUGGUUUCUUAUUGCAUUAAGGCGUCACGUCACUCAAAGAGAAGGGAUAUGCUUAAUUUCAUAUUGUCAUGCAGGAAUAAAUGUUGCUGUUAGAAAUCCAUCAGUUGGAUGGAGGCCCCCUCAUGAGCAACAUCGAUAUUGUCUUAGGCAUGUAGUGAGCAAUUUUAAUGACAAAUUUAAGAAUAAGGUCUUAAAAGAUUUGGCGUAUAGAACUAGAUGUCAACAUCAACCGCGGAAGUAUGAGAGAUACAUGGAGGAGUUAAAACGAUUGGAUGAAAAAAGUGUGGCUUGGUUUUCAAAGUUAGACACUCAAAAAUGGACUCAAGCAUAUGAUCUAGGAUAUCGGUAUAGGUGGAUGACCAUAAAUAUUGCUGAGUGCAUUAAUGGGCUGCUUAAGGGAGCGCGAAUGUUACCUAUCACUACACUAGUUCAAUUAACUUCUUAUCGAUGUGUGUCAUACUUUGAGACUCGUAGAGCAGAGAUACGUGCUAGAAUGGCAGUUGGAGAUGUGUACACUGUGUAUGCAAUUGAAAAUUUUAGAAGAGCUGAGACCAAAGCUAGUGGACACACUGUCACCAUUUUCCAUCAAAUUCAUGAAACAUUUGAAGUAAUUACUGCUCCCCAUGGGUAUCACCGCACGAUGGAGCCGGGACCCUUGGAUCCGACAGUUCUACAUGGACAGGCCACACACAAGUCAUCUGUAGCAUGGACAGGUGUUGACUCUAAGGAGCUUCAUUGUAGACGGCGUGAGGCGAUCUUCCAUCGCACCAGUGUACUCGAUGGGCGUAUUAUUCCAUUAUUGCAGCAGGCAGGCUUCUAUGGUGUUGCACGUUUAGGAUUCAUUUCCUUAGAUUAG